ACUUCUUUGGGAUGUGUCUAUCACUCAGCUCCCGAGUUGCUCCCAGAAACUCCAGCCAUUGCUGCUCCAUCGUCAUUCCUACCAGAUUCCCCUUCCAGUCAGGUUUGGCCAGCUUCUCUGUCACAGAAACAUGGAGAAGGUUAAAAUCGACAAGGAAUUUGUCUAUGGGAAUUCAAACGCAACACACCAGUUGUGCUGUCGCUGUCUAGAUAUUUAAGGAGCAAGGGAUUCAAUCAGCCAUCCUUCCUGUUCAGACUGUGCGGAGGGAUUCACUCGGUCAUCUGACCAACUGACACGUCUGUCAUUUUACACAGGGGAGAGACCGUUCUCCUGCUCAGACAGUGGGAAUGGAUUUACUCGGUAAUCUCAACUGAAGGUUCACACUGGGCAAGGCCAUUCAUCUAUUCUGUGUGUGGGAAGGGAUUCAGUUGGUCUUCCCACCUGUGGACACACCAGUCAGUUCACACUGGGCAAGGCCAUUCAUCUAUUCUGUGUGUGGGAAGGGAUUCAGUCGGUCUUCCCACCUGUGGACACACCAGUCAGUUCACACUGGGCAGAGGCUGGUCAUCUGCUGAAUUUGUGGGGAAGGAUUCAGUCGGUCAUCUGAUCUAAUGGCUCACCAGCGCGUUCACACUGGGGAGAGGCCGUUCACCUGCUCAGACUGUGGGAAGAGAUUCACUCGAUCAUCUGACCUGCUGGCGCACCGACGUGUUCACACUGGAGAGAGGCCAUUCACCUGCUCAGACUGUGGGAAGGGAUGCAGUCAGUUAUCUGCACUGAAGGUACAUCAGCGAGUUCACACUGGAGAGAGGCCGUUCACCUGCUCAGACUGUGGGAUGGGAUUUACUCAGUCAUCUCACCUACUGAGACACCAGCGAGUUCACACUGGGAAGAGGCCAUUCACCUGCUCAGAUUGUGGGAAGAGAUUUACUCAGUUAUACAACCUACAGAGUCACCAGCGAGUUCACACUGGAGAGAGGCCAUUCAUCUGCUCAGAAUGUGGGAUGGGAUUUGCUCAGUCAUCUCACCUCCUGAGACACCAGUCAGUUCACACUGGGGAGUGGCCAUUGAACUGCUCAGAUUGUGGGAAGGGAUUCCCUCGGUUAUCCCAACUACUGGGACACCAGAAAGUUCACACUGGGGAGAGGCCUUUCACCUGCUCAGAAUGUGGGAAGGGAUUCAGUAAUUCAUCCCACCUACAGAGACAUCUGCGAGUUCACACUGGGGAGAAGCCAUUCACCUGCUCGAACUGUGGGAAGGGAUUCAUUCAAUUAUCUGAUCUACAAAAUCACCAGCGAGUUCACACUGGGGAGAGGCCAUUCACCUGCUCAAACUGUGGGAAGGGAUUCACUCAGUUAUCCACCCUACACAGUCACCAACGAGUUCACACUGGGGAGAAGCCAUUCACCUGCUCAGUCUGUGGGAACGGAUUCAGUGAUUCAUCCGCCCUACACCGUCACCAACGAAUUCACACUGGGGAGAAGCCAUUCACCUGCUCAGUCUGUGGAAAGGGAUUCACACAGUUAUCAAGCCUACACAGUCACCAACGAGUUCACACUGGGGAGAAGCCAUUCACCUGCUCAGUCUGUGGGAACGGAUUCAGUGAUUCAUCCGCCCUACACCGUCACCAACGAAUUCACACUGGGGAGAAGCCAUUCACCUGUUCAGAAUGUGGGAGGGGAUUCACACAGUUAUCCAGCCUACGCAGUCACCAACGAGUUCACACUGGGGAGAGGCCAUUCUCUUGCUCAGACUGUGGGAAGGGAUUCACACAGUCAUCAAGCCUACACAGUCACCAACGAAUUCACACUGGGGACAAGCCGUUCACCUGCUCAGACUGUGGGAAGGGAUUCACGCUGUCAUCUAAUCUACUGAGACACCAGCGAGUUCACACUGGGUAGAGGCUGAUCACCUGCUCAGUCUUUGGUCAUAGAUUUUCUCGGCCAUCUCCACCAAAUGUGCAUGAUUGUCAAGUCAAACUUGAGUUUCAGGAAGGUAUCAAGGAAGAGCAAGAAUUCACUGGCAGAGAGGACGGAACCUACUGCCUGAGGGCGGUUUCUGCCCAGAACAUUUGGGCGGACCCCGCAGCGUCACAGUGGCAGUCCGAGAGCAGCGUCACAUCGGCAGCCAGGAGCAGCGUCACAACCCGCGGUAAGAUGCCGAACUUUAAAUAAUUGUUGAAACUGUUUCAGGGAAAGGAGCACUGCUGUCACUGCGUUUGGGUGAACUCCGCCACCGGGAUCAUCGCAUGCAGGGACUUCUUGAAACCGGUGCGAGGCUUAAGAAGAGCUUGCGAACCUUCGAGAGAGUUCACCCAGUUUGGAACCAUAACGGUCCAGUAGAGAAACAGAGGUGCAGGUCCGAAAUCGUCUCCAAAGUCUGAGAGGCAGCCAGUUUUUCACCUAAUCCUAAUGCUAAUGCUACUGCUACUGCCUUAUGACUAUCCUUGACUAGACUAAUGACUGACUUACCGCUGAUUAUUUAUGACUACUGACUAAUAAUUACCAACUGCCACACUUGCGAAAAUAAAAAUAAAAAAGGAAGAAGAAAGAAAGUUGUUUGGUCAUUGAGUGGAAUCCGGUUAAAACCUUCAGGUAGGCGUAUUCUGUCCCUUUCAAGUGGGGAAGCUGCACAUGGGAGCAAGAACUCCGACUUGACAGUGAAAAUACUGCUUGACAACACUGUUUGACCAGGAAAAAGAAAUCUGGGAGCUUUGAGCUGGAACAGCAAGAGCAAUAACCUGGAGUCCUGAAAUAGGAAGGAAAUCAAGUUCAGAUAAAACAACAUCAAAGCAUCACUAAAAAGUUGUACUCUCCCCUGCAGAGGGAAUCAAACAUGUCUGAUCAAGCUAUUGGGAAAUCAGUUGAGCAACUCAAGCAAGAGAGAAUGACAGCAAAAAGAUUGUUUUCUCAUUUGGCCAACAGUAUUACCAGGACCUAUGAAGACAUGUCUGAAGAGGAGCUCAGAGUGAGUUUCAAUAAACUCACAAUAGAAGCCGAGAAAGUCAUGGAAGCCAAUGACGAUGCGGAGGCCGGACUCACUGCAGAACGGGAGGUGGAGCUGAACACAGAGAAAGUAGCUGUGUUAACUGAACAGCAAAAAGCUGACCUGGCAAAGACGGCAAAUGAGUGUGAGUUGAAACUGAGGGAAAUCAGAAGGUUGAUCCGGGAGACUCUUUGGACCAACUUUGGAAAUGUUGAGUUGCUCACAGUACUACAAGUAGCAGAGGAUGAAUGUGAAGACGUCACUGCUGUACAACCCGAUGGCCACCAGGAGGCGUAUGGCUUCAUGCUUAACCAUCUGCAAGGACUGGUAAAGACAGCGAAGGAGGUGGGAACGAUGGAACCGGCCAGGGGAUCGGAAGCACCUUCAGAGUCGCCUAAAGGGGCUCGAACUCCAAAUCCCCAAGCUGGUUUCCAAGAAGGCCCACUUCAUACAGGCAAGGAGAAAGGAGGAUGCUGAAAGACUAACACUGACGGCAUUGGGCUUUUCCUCCAAUUUCCCCACGCCAGCCAUCAGACUGAAACCGACGGCCCUUCCCAAGUUUACUGGCAGCAGACGUGAUUUUCUCAGGUGGAGAAAGGACUGGGAAGCACUCCAGAGGCAGAGAGAGCUGACCGGUUCAAGAGAGGUGAAAAAGAUUCAACUGCUGGACAGUCUUGACGACAAAGUCAGAAGAGACCUUCGCCUCAAAACUUAUAAAACUGCAGAUGUCACCUUCUGUGUUCUAGAAAACCGCUAUGGAAAUGGAGUGUGGAAAUCGGAAGUGGGAUAGUAUUGGCACAGCAUGCGAGCCAAAAUGCGGGGGUUGUGGCUGCGGAAACUGCCAGCCGGGCGGUAAAGGAAUGACUCUUGCUAAAGAGAGGGAACUUGUAUACAAAUUCAUAUACAAAAAAAAAAUCAAAGCAAUAGUGAUAAGGGAGAAAGAAAGGCAUGAAUAUUGACUUCUCUAACUUCCGUUAAUGCCCCUCCUCCCCUUCUUACCCCAUCCCUGACAUGCUUAGUUGCCCAUCACUCCACUUGUUCUCCAUCUCCCUCUGGUGCUCCCCUCCACCUUUCUUUCUCCCUAGGCCUCCUGUCCCAUGAUCCUUUCCCUUCUCCAGCUCUGUAUCACUUUUGCCAAUCACCUUUCCAGCUUUCAGCUUCACUCCACCCGCUCUGGUCCUCUCCUAUCAUUUCGCAUUUCCCCCUCCCCCACCUACUUUCAAAUCUCUUAGUAUCUUUCCUUUCUGUUAGUUCUGACGAAUGGUCUCGGCCAGAGACGUUGACAGUGCUCCUCCCAAAAGAUGCUGCCUGGCCUGCUGUGUUCCACCAGCAUUGUGUGUGUGUUUGAAUUUCCAGCAUCUGCAGAUUUCCUCGUGUUUGCACAAUAUACGAAGGAUACUUCACAUUAUGGAUCAUAUAUACAAAAAAAUAAAAUCAAAGCAAUAGUGAUAAGCGUGGACGCUGAAAAGGCAUUUGAUUCGGUUAAUUAUAAUUUUCUUUACAGAGUUUUACAUAGAUUUGGUUUCCAUAACAAUUAUUAAAACUAUACAGGCACUAUAUGACAACCCUACCGCUGGAUUAAAAUCAAUGGAUAUUUAAUCAAAUAGUCUUACCCUAGAAAGGGUCACAAGACAGGGUUGUGCAUGGUCAGCACUACUCUUCGCAUUAUAUCUGGAACCAUUAGCUCAAUACAUGAGACAAAGUGGGGAAUUACUAGUAAAGGGGCAGAGCAUAAAUUGACUUGUUACGUGGAUGACAUUUUGAUCUAUCUAGGGCAACCAACAUACUCUUUACCAGAUUGUUGCAAUCCUUUGAACAAUAUGGUCAAUUAUCAGGAUACAUUAUCAACAUAGAUAAAACCCAAUUACUUUCAUAUUACUACAGCCCAGCAAGAGAAAUUGAAAGUAGAUAACCCUGGGCAUGGCAAACAGAGUCUUUCAAAUAUUUGGGCAUCAUUAUGCUAAAAGAUUAGGCAACAUUAUCAGAAUGUAAUUAUCAGCCUUUAUAUAAAAAGAACAUUAAGGAAUAUAUAGCAAGAUGGAACCUGAUUCCUUUCUUUUAGUUUCAGUUCAAGGAGUGAGUCUAUUAUAAUGAAUACACUGCCCAGACUGAUAUAGCUCUUUCAGCCCCUACCAAUAGAGAUUAAUCAAAAUCAAUUCAAUGAAUGGAACAAGAUGUUAUCAAGGUAUAUUUGGCAAGGUAAAAGGCCUAGAGUUCAUCUCAAAACUUUGCAAUUAGCAAAGGAAAAGGGUGAAUGCGGCCUAACUUCUCUUCGAGGUUAUUAUUUUGCAGCACAGUUGAGAGCUGUGAUGUGCUGGAGCAACCCAUCGUAUGACGCACAAAGGAAAAACAUUGAGGAGCAGGUACUUCCCAUCCCCAUACAAGCAGUUUUGGCUGAUAAUAACUUGCAAAGGUACAUAAAUACUAUUGAUAAUCCAUGGGUGAAAUUGACUCUUAAUAUGGAAAACUAUUAUAAAAGAAUAUAAUCUCGAGGGAGAUACUGCAAUUCUUCAAUGGUGUGCAUAUAACUCAGAUUUUACACCAAAUAAAUUGGAUGCUAGAUUUAAGGACUGGACAGCUAAAGGAAUAACAGUUCUUUGCAACAUAAUGAAAGAAGGAAUACUGUUCAGCUUUGAAAUGCUGAAAGAGAAACAUUUAGAAAAACAAGAUUUUUAUCAGUAUUUAUAGAUGCGACAGUAUGUUAAUAGGAUGCUUAAAAUUGUAUCCAAGGCAAGCACAUGCAUGAUAGAGCUAUUUAGAAAAGCAUAUAAUUCAGAUAACGGUAGUAGAAUUAUUACAAGCAUGCAUAAGAGUUUGUCAAAUCUUAAAACAUAUUUGACUUCAAACAUUAAAACAAAAUGGGAGAAGGAAGGAGGGAUAAUUAUAUCUGAGGAAGAAUGGACAAUAAUAUGGAGGUAUCAAUGGAAGUGUACCAGUUCUCAGAAAUGGAGGGAGUUCGGAUGGAAAAACUUGAUAAGAUAUUUCAUUACACCCUCCCAGAAAUCCCAUUAUGAUAGUAACAUCACUGUUUGCUGGAGAAACUGUGGAAAUUGAAAUGCAAAUCAUUAUUAUAUUUUUUGUGACGGCCCUGUUAUCAAAAGCUAUUGGAGGGGGAUACACAAUGCCCUACAUGGCAUCGUUAGAUGUGAAAUACCCUUGGGGAGUAAGACCAUAUAUUUUGGAUGUAUACCUCAAGAAUGGUUGAAAAAAGAUAAAUAUUUAAUGAAUAUAUUGUUGGCAGCUGGUAAAAAGACUGUUACUAGGAAAUGGUUAUCACAGGAGAGCCCAACUUUAAAUGCAUGGAUGGAAAUUACAAUGGACAAGAUGGAGAAGAUAAUCAUAAUCUGGAACAAAUUGAUUCAUACUGGGAAAAAUGGUUUAACUACAUAAUCCCUCUAGGCCUGCUUUUAUUCUCACAAAUCAAUGAAUAUGUUGUAAAAAAAAGAUCACUCCCUCCUUGUACAUAGUUUUUUUUUUCCUUUUGCUUGUUUUUUCUUUCACACUUAUAGAAGGGUAUACC